CGCUGCCGCACUUCGAAUACGCGUCAAUGAGACCGUUAGCGAGGAAAGCGUCGAAGAAAAGAGCGGUUUUUAUAAGGUGACCGUGCACGGAUUUUGCGAGUUUCACCCUCCUCGCCGAGACACACUUUGAAAUCAUAGACGAACACUUUUGAACGGAGGAAACGACAUUGUUGGGGAGCAUGGUCAUGUUGGUUUCUCUGAAUCAAAUUAGGAGGUCUUUCUAUAUGGUUUCGUUUAAAGGACUCACUUCUUCAAAUUAAGGGUCUUUCUAUGAAUGGGUAGACAUGCGUUCGUUCAAAAAGUGGUGGGUGACCUUUGUUUGCUCGAUUCUUCACCCUUCGCGAGGUUAUUGGACUCUUGCGUUCGGUCAAAGUCUGGAAUUGACGUGCGUCGCAUUCAUGGUCGAAUCAUUAAGACACAGUUUUCAUCUGAAAUUUUCAUUCAGAACAGACUCGUUGAUGCUUAUAGAAAAUGCUGUUGUUUUGAGGACGCACGGAAGGUGUUUGUUCAUAUGCCCCUGAGGAACACUUUCAGUUAUAAUGCGAUUUUAAGCGUUUUGACGAAGUUUGGGAAGCUUGACGAGGCUUGCAACGUUUUUAUGUCGAUGCCUGAGCCUGACCAAUGCUCAUGGAAUGCUAUGGUGUCGGGUUUUGCACAACAUGAUCGAUUUGAGGAAGCAUUGAAGUUCUUUGUUGACAUGCAUAGUGAGGAUUUUGUGGUUAAUGAGUAUGCGUUUGGGAGUGCUCUCAGUGCUUGUGCAGGGUUGACAGAUUUCAAUGUAGGGAUUCAAAUCCAUGCUUUGAUAUCAAAAUCUCGUUACUUAUUAGAUGUUUAUAUGGGUUCUGCUCUUGUUGAUAUGUACUCUAAGUGUGGAGUGGUGAUUUGUGCUCAAAAGGCUUUUGAUGAAAUGGUUGUGCGGAAUAUAGUGUCUUGGAACAGUUUGAUAACGUGUUACGAGCAAAAUGGGCCUGCAGGAAAAGCUCUGGAAGUUUUUGUUAGGAUGAUGGAUAAUGGGGUUGAACCUGAUGAGAUAACUCUGGCUAGCGUAGUCAGUGCCUGUGCGAGCUUGUCUGCAACCAGGGAAGGUUUGCAAAUUCAUGCUCGUGUCAUCAAAAGGGAUAAGUUUCGAAAUGACCUUGUGCUAGGCAAUGCGUUAGUUGAUAUGUAUGCAAAGUGCAAAAGAAUUAGGGAAGCUCGACUUGUUUUUGAUAGGAUGCCAGUUAGGGAUGUUGUGUCUGAAACUUCUAUGGUUAGUGGAUAUGCCAGGGCAGCAAGUGUGAAAGCGGCAAGGUUGAUGUUUUCGAAGAUGAUGGAGAGGAAUGUGGUGUCCUGGAAUGCUCUUAUUGCAGGUUACACACAAAAUGGAGAGAAUGAGGAGGCAGUUAAACUUUUCCUCCUCCUGAAGAGGGAUUCUCAUUGGCCAACCCAUUACACCUUUGGGAAUCUACUUAAUGCGUGUGCCAAUCUUGCCGAUCUGAAACUUGGUAGACAGGCUCACACUCACAUUUUGAAGCAUGGAUAUUGGUUUCAGUCUAGAGAAGAAUCUGACAUUUUUGUGGGGAAUUCUCUCAUUGACAUGUACAUGAAAUGUGGAAUGGUUGAAGAUGGGUGCCGGGUUUUUGAGCAUAUGGUAGAAAGGGAUACUGUCUCAUGGAAUGCCAUGAUAGUGGGGUAUGCACAAAAUGGUAAUGGUACAAGCGCCCUCGAAAUUUUCAGGAAAAUGCUGCUAUCCGGAGAAAAACCAGACCCUGUUACUAUGAUUGGAGUUCUAUCUGCAUGUAGCCAUGCAGGACUUGUUGAAGAAGGACGACGUUACUUCCACUCAAUGAGGCUUGAGUAUGGUUUAGCACCGUUGAAGGACCAUUUUACAUGCAUGAUUGAUUUACUAGGUCGGGCUGGCUGCCUUGAUGAAGCAAACUAUUUGAUGCAGACAAUGCCGAUGCAACCAGAUGCCGUUGUCUUGGGAUCUCUACUUGCUGCUUGUAAGGUUCAUGGAAACAUUAAAUUAGGGAAGCAUGUAGCAGAAAAGCUCAUGGAAAUUGAUCCCUUGAACUCUGGACCUUACGUUCUUCUUUCAAAUAUGUAUGCUGAGCUUGGCAGAUGGAAAGAUGUGGUCAAAGUCCGGAAACAGAUGAGGCAACAGGGAGUAGUUAAGCAACCUGGUUGCAGUUGGAUUGAAAUUCAGAGUCGCGUGCAUGUUUUCAUGGUGAAAGAUAAAAGGCAUCCUCGUAGGAAGGACAUCCAUUUAGUUCUGAAAAUUCUUACAGCACAGAUGAAGCGGGCUGGCUAUGUGCCAGAAGCUGAUGAUGAUGAGUUUUGCGAGGAGGAAAGUGACUCUGAACUUGUCUUGCAUUGUGAAAUGGAAUCAGAGGCUGAUACAGAAGUUGCAUAAAUGAAAAUCUUCUGGCUAGUUGUCGAGGUUUUCACUAGAAAGUAGGAAGAUAAAUCCGAGUGAUGUGAACCAACCCUCUCGAGAGUGAGAGAGUCAUCAACUUUUUAGAAUGAUUCCUUGUGAGCAUCUGUACCUAAGAAUUACAAAAUAAAUGAACCUGGAAACCAGGAUGAAGCACACCAUCACCCCAACAUUCUUCCAUCUACUAGUCUCCCCUCCAAGCUCUGCUAGUUUAAGCACAUCCUCUCCUCUCACCACACAUGCCCCAAACAAGUACUCCAAGCACUUUUUUGAAUUGGAGAACUCAU